AAUCGGACGCACGCAUGCGCGCUGAGUUAUCCUGUUCUGACGCAAGACGUCGAAAUUAAACAGAGCGAAACUUUUUUUUGGUACAGCCAUCAUGUCAGAAGACGAGAUUUUAUUCGACCCCACAACAUCAAAGAAGAAAAAGAAGAAGAAGAAGCCCUUCAUGCUGGAUGAGGAUGGAGAUGGGCUUGGAGAAGAGGUUCAACAGACUGAACAGCGUGAAAUUGAGCCUGAAGCAGCAGAGGAGCGAGAAAUAGAGCCUGAAGAUGAUGAAGUCAAGAAAAAGGAGCUUUCAGAUGAUUUAGAUGAUCUGAACUUCUUCAAUCAGAAGAAAAAGAAGAAGAAACCAAAGAAAGUGCUUGACAAUGACAUUGACGAGGGCAUGAAGGAGCUGAAAAUUGAGGGAGACCAGCAGGAAGUGGUCGAGGAAGAUGAUUUGGACCUGAUGCUACCAGCUAAGAAAAAGAAAGCAAAAAAAGUGGAAUUUGUUGAAGAAAACGACACUGUGGAAAAGGAUGAUGUCAUUGAGAAUGACAGAAACACAGAUGGCAUCAUGUUCAGCUCACCGUUGGGCCCAGCAUGGGCAGGGACAGAGAGAGACUACACAUACGAUGAGUUGUUGAGUCGGGUGUUUAACAUCAUGAGGGAGAAGAACCCUGAUAUGGUUGCCGGUGAGAAGAGGAAGUUCGUGAUGAAGCCUCCUCAGGUGGUCCGAGUUGGGACAAAGAAAACAUCUUUUGUCAACUUCACUGACAUCUGCAAACUGUUGCAUCGACAGCCCAAACAUCUUUUGGCGUUCCUGUUAGCUGAGUUAGGAACGAGUGGUUCUAUAGAUGGAAAUAACCAGCUUGUGAUCAGAGGACGCUUUCAACAGAAACAAUUAGAGAAUGUUUUGAGAAGAUAUAUAAAGGAAUAUGUGACUUGUCAUACCUGCCGCUCACCCGAUACAAUCCUGCAGAAGGACACACGUCUGUAUUUCUUGCAGUGUGAAACCUGCCACUCGCGUUGCUCUGUAGCCAGCAUCAAGACCGGCUUCCAGGCUGUCACUGGCAAAAGAGCACAGCUUCGAGCCAAAGCCAACUAAUAUAACCACCCUGUUCUGGCCUCUUAACCACACGGGUGCUUGGCCUGUUUAUCAACUCAUCUUACCUCCUUCCUCCAGAAAUAAUAUGCAGUUUAUACAUUUUUUUCUUCUGAAUUCAGUAUAUCAGAUAACCAGAGCAGAUUAUUGUUUUUUGUGGAAAUGUUAUUCUCAGAAGAAUUUUAUUGGAUGAUGAAUGGACUUAAUUUCCUUUUAUCAAAGGAAAAGUGAAUCUCCAAAUCUCUAGUACAUUUUUGUAGGACAGUCACUGAACAGCCUCUAUGAUUUAAAAAAGUGGUUGAAUAUCAGUCUCUAGCUCCUUAACAUAGUGUGUUAGAGAGAGAGAGAGAGAGAGAGAGAGAGAGAGAGAGAUGAAUACAGAAAACUACAGAUUGUGCUGUUUGUUUAGUAGAACAUUGUGCAGCAGAUGUUUGGGCAUGUUACAUAGUGCUUAGAUUGACUUUUUGUUGGCAAAUUUGAAAGAUAUAUUUUUUUAUCUAUAAAAACAACAAAAUUGAAGAGUAUUUUUCAUGCAGUUUUUUUUUGCUUAUCACUGAUAGUCAUAAACUGCUUGAUGUGUAACAGCAUGUUAUUAAGCAGCACAUGAACCAGUCAUUCUCUGUCCACAGUUGGGCAUUGCUCAGGGUUCCCACCCCUUUUUUACCAAUUCAUUUUUUCCAUGACUUUUCUAUGAUUUUUUUCAGUCAUUUGAAUUACUAGAUAAGAAUUUUUAAAAAUCAUUUAGUAGAGAUCACAAAUAUCAAUUUCUAGUCAAUGAAAUAUUUUAGAGUAGAGCAUAACUAGGAAAAUGUAUAUUCACUUUCCCAAGUCUGGCAAUCCCUAUUUCAGAAAUACCUGAUAUUUCCAGGUUUCCAUGACCAUGAUAACCCUGAUUCCCCCUGCACACCUAGAUAUAAAUCAGAUACUCUCACUGUCUGCAUUACUGGUCAGUAUCAGAGACCUGAUUGCUGCAGAUCUUACAUAUUUUAAUAUCUUAUUUAGCAGGUGGACCCCACUGUUUAAAGAGAACUGUGAAGCAUAUUUCUAAAAAUGAAAAACAACUGUUUCACUACAUAUUGUAUUCUGAAUAUUAAACAUUUUUCCUAUUUUA